AUGCCCAUCACACAGGACAACGCAGGGGUCUUCCUCCCCCUCCUGUGCCAGUGGCUGCAGAACAGCCGGCGGGAGGGGGCCGAGGGCACCGAGCAGCAGCUCUGCCGCUCAGCCGUCCAGAAGCUGAGCGAGUACAUCCAGCUCAACUUCUCUGUGGAUGAGAGCAAACUGCAGCCAGGGAGCUGCGGGACUUCAGAUACGGAGAUCUGCACCAUGUACCUGGCCCAGGAGAUGAGAAAAACUGAGGUUCUCGGGAUGAGCUUUGGGAACAUCCCUGCUCUGGGGGACUAUGGGGAGAAGCGUCGGGGAGCGAAGAAGAGGAAGGGGCAUAAGGGGCCAGUGCUUGACGUCGGGUGCAUCUGGGUGACGGACUUGAAGAAAAACAGCCCGGCCGGGAAGUGCGGGAGAGUGCGCCUGAAAGAUGAGAUCCUUUCUCUGAAUGGCCAGUUGAUGGUUGGCGUGGACGUCACCGGUGCAAGUUACCUGGCCGAGCAGUGCUGGAAUGGCGGCUUCGUCUACCUGAUCAUGUUGCGCCGUAUCAAGCGCAAGGCCCCUCUUCCUCCCUCCAACGGCAACAACAGCAACAGCUGCGACCCCAAAGCCAAGCCCAGCCCCGAACCCAGUGACAGAGCCGCUCAAAAUGGGAAAAGGACCAGAAAGUUUGGGGUCAUCACCAGAACACCGGGCAGCAAGGAUGGCAAAGAAAAGCUGGGCUCAGAACACGGGAACGGGCACUGUACCCCAAUGGAGGUGGAGGUUGCUCAGCCGGAGACCUCCGAAGCAGAAAGCAAUGGGGAAGAGCAGUUUCGGGGCACCGGGGGACAGUACCGGUGCCGGCUCUCAGAUGGUGGCGUGCCAGACAUUGGUGACCAGUCUGCCCAGCGAGAAGGUUGCCGCAUAUGGAAGAUGCACAUCCUGAAGGGGAUGGACGGGCUGGGAAUCCAGAUAACGGGAGGCAGAGGGUCGAAGCGGUCCCCUCACAGCAUCAUCAUCACCCACGUGGAGGAAGGCGGCUCUGCACACAGGGAUGGCAGGCUGACGGCGGGCGAUGAGCUCCUCAUGAUCAACGGGCAGUCGCUGGUUGGGCUCUCCCACCAGGACGCCGUGGCCCUCCUUCGCUCGGCUGCUGGCCUGGUGCAGCUGGUGGUCGCUAGCAAGGAAUCUGCUGAAGGGGAUUUUCUGAAGUACCCAUCUACCAGUUUGCCAGACUUGCUUAGCACUUGCUCAGUCCAAGACUCUGUCUCUUGCACUGACAAUAAGGAAAAUGAAGAGCCAGAAGAAGAAGAUGUGAAAGGAGUGAAUGUUUCUCCUGAAAAACUGGUCGCUGUGAUGGAAACUGAGAAGUCUCAAGAUCCAGCUUGUGCAGAAGUGUCCAAAGGAAACAACCAGAAUCCAACUCUUGGAAGUGGCAUACUGAAAUACAGAAGUCGAUCCCAAGGUGCCGGAUCCCGUUUGGAGUCCGUGGGAGAAGACGAUGAGCUGACAGUGGAAAACGGUGAAUCGAGUUACGAAAUAGCAGUGAAAUAUUCCCGGGGUGGAAGAAAGCACUCGCUGCCUCAGCAGCUGGAAUCGGCAGGAGCCAGGCAGGACUACCAUAUCGUGAAGAAAUCCACCCGUUCCUUCAGUGCCGCACAAGUGGAAUCUCCAUGGAGACUGACCCAGCCCUCCAUCAUUUCCAACAUCGUCCUGAUGAAAGGGCAAGGCAAGGGUCUUGGAUUCAGCAUUGUGGGAGGGCAGGAUUCUGCUCGCGGACGCAUGGGGAUUUUUGUGAAGACUAUAUUCCCAAACGGAGCAGCAGCUGCUGAUGGAAGGCUUAAAGAAGGGGAUGAAAUCCUAGAAGUUAAUGGAGAGUCUCUACAAGGGCUGACCCAUCAGGAGGCCAUUCAGAGGUUUAAGCAACUCAAGAAAGGAGUGGUGACCCUGACAGUGCGCACACGGCUGCGCAGCCCGAGCCUCACACCCUGUGCGACUCCCACCUUGCUGAGCCGCUCCAGCUCCCCCAGCUCCAGCGCCAGCGGUGGCACGCCGGUCCCUGGCCCCGACGAGGCGGACGGUUCCUCCUCCAGCCGCAAAGGACCCGGCCCAAAGGACAGGAUCGUCAUGGAUGUGACGCUCAAUAAAGAGCCAGGGGUUGGGCUUGGCAUUGGUGCCUGUUGUCUCACGCUGGAAAACAGUUCUCCAGGGAUAUACAUUCACAGCCUGGCCCCAGGAUCAGUGGCUAAAAUGGAUGGCAGAUUAAGUCGGGGUGACCAGAUCCUGGAGGCAGAUUCGGUGAGCCUGCGUCAUGCGGCAUUAAGUGAAGCCUACGCCAUCCUGAGCGAAUGUGGUCCAGGUCCGGUCAGCCUUAUCAUUAGUCGGCACCCUAACCCAAAGGUUUCUGAGCAGGAGAUGGAUGAAGCAAUCGCACGUACUACCCACCGAGAGAGCAAGGACGCCAGCUCCGCUCACGUCACAGGAGCUGUACAAAAAAGCCCAUCUCCUAAUGUGAAGGCCAAACAAGGAGAGACCUCAUCUCCCCUCAGCUGGACUAUGAAACGCUUUCUGGAGCCAGCAAGCCGGCAGGGAUCUGUCAGCUCCGAGGCAGAGCUUUCCCAGUACUUCUCGCACGACAGUACGAGCCAGCUCUCGUUUUCUGAUGCUGUAACUGGCUCCUGUGACGAAGAGCAGCUCCGUCAGAAGAGCAGAAACAGUUUGUUGGAUGAUGGCUCUCUUCUUCCCGGCAACCUGACUGCUAGAGAAGCAGGAGCAGCAAAAGCAAAUGGUCUGGCUUCUCCAACUAGUGGGAGAUCAUCUGGCCUUCACAACAAGCACGUGGAGUCUGUCCGACCCGGCAUCCUCAGCGACAGCCCCAAAUCUGCCCGCAGCCCCUUUCAUCGGCAGAGGAGGGUUGUUUUCUACGAUGGUGACAUUAGUGAUGACGACGAAAGCUCCCACUUGCAAAGAAGCCAGAGGGCCAAGAGCCAGGAGGACGCUAGCAUUGUCAGUACAACCUCGUCUGUAGAAAUCAAUGAUGAGAGCCAGGACAGUGAGUCAACUAGGCAUAGUAGCACGGAGACGUCUUCCCCUGUCUUCAGCAACUCCGUGGAGUCUGCAGACAGCUCACUGGAGCAAAUUGACUCUCCUUUCUUCCCCAUCAUAGCAUUCGAUUACUCAAGUGUGCCUGAAGUUCGUCUUGGCAGCCUGAGUUUGAAGGAGCUCCGGGAAGCACAACUCGAAUCUAAGAGGUCACCAAAACUUGAGCACAGAGCAGUCACGAGAGUGAAAAGCAUGAUGAGCACUGAGUGCCGAAGCCUUCAGAGACAGAGGACAGAGGAGCAUGGCUCUUAUAACAAACCUGUGGCGAGGACGCUCCCUCACAGCAAGAAGUGUGAAGCACCCGAUGGGGCCGGGCAGGGCCAGGGUGAAGUAGUCACUCUGGUUCGCAAUGAGCACGAGUCAUUCGGCCUGGAUUUGGAAAUCCAGGCCAUACCCUUAAAGGUUGUUGUCACAGGACUGCGGCCAGGUGGAGCAGCAGAAAUGGGAUCAAUGGGCAAGAUGGCUGUAGGAGAUGAGAUUACCACCAUCAACAGUAUCCCAGUCAGUAAGAUGACGUACGAGGAAAUCUGCUUGCUUAUGCAGUGUCUUCCCACAUCCGUAACCCUGGAGAUCCAGAAAGCAGCAUCAGCUGUCAGCAGAUUUACAAACCUCAUCCUGUCUCCAGGGUUAGACAGUCAAAAUCAGGCCGAUGUCAACAGCAUCCUCGCAACUGAGGAAGAACCGAGUGCUGGGAAGCGAGAAGUAGCAGGUUUGCAAAAUGCUGGUGGCGGCUGUGCGGUGGAGAGAACAACACUGCCACCUGAUGCCACGAGCAAAGACGUGCAAAGAGGUACCAUGAAAAGCAGCCACGCCGAGGACUGCGCUGCCAUCCCCGUCACCGAUAUCGAUGACUUGCUCAGCCAAAUGGGUGCUCCCGAGAGCAGGGCUUCGCACACCCCGUCACGAGCGGAAAGCCCCCUCCGAGAUGAGUACACCACGAUGUGCUGCUGCGGGACUGACGAAGGCUGUCCCGGAUCUGAGCCACGACCAGCCAAGGAGGAGCUGCUGGAAAAAACUAUGAAUUGUGGAGCUAAUGCACAAGGGGUUUUGGGGCUGUCUGUGUUGGACUCCAUUAACACAGGCAAACUUUUUACUGUGAAUAAAAACUCUUUAAAUAACUAUUCUAGGAAUUUUAGCAGUUUAAAUGAGGAUGAGUUGCCUACAGCGAACUCUCUGGAAGGUAAGAGAAGCGACCCCUUUCCAAAGUCUAUGUAUGGGGCUGCGGAGGAUUCUCACUCAGACGCAGAGUCUGUCACAGAAACCUUUGAUAGUGCUAAUGAGGUGUUGCUUGGGCCGUGCACUGCUGCUAAUGCCCCUGCAGUCUGUACUGUAAUGGAGUCGGAUGAGGAGCAAAUUGAGAUUUGUUGCAUGAACGAUGAGCCGCAAAAGCCCACACAGGAGCAGCAUCUCACAUCUGCAACAAGCUCAUCCUCUCUGUCCCCACUGCAACCUUACGGCGGCAAAGUUUUGCAAACUGAGGGCUGUGCAAUGUGUGGGUCACUGGAAACAAGCAUCAACAAACUAGGCUUGGAAGAUCACGGUGGUCCCACUCCAUGUCCCUCACAGUGUUCAGAUGUGUCCUCUGCAUCCUUGUGUUCUCCUUCCUCAGUUUUCCUGCCAGAAAGAGACAUCCUAAAGAAUUCAGUCAGUGUCCCUGAAGUUUACUCUUUCUGUAACAAUGGUGCCUUAAGUACAGAAGAACAGAUAGGUUUGGGGAACAGUAACGGACAUAUGAAAUGCUGUGAAUCUAUUGAAGAGGAAGGGUCUCUGCACUGCAAAAAGAUAAGCUUUUGCUCUGCUAGAAAUGUCAAUGGCUUGGAGAACAACUUGCUUGAGAAAGAAGGAUGUCGUGAUGAGCAGAGAUCCAAAUCUGAAAGCGAAACAGUGGUUGAUGACUGUAAUCAUGCUGUUAGUUAUUGCUUAUUGAAGAAGGAAACCAACAGUUUGUCCAGCUCGUCUAAAACAGACAGCAAUCAUGUGAAUGCAUCAUCACCAAGAGCAAUAUCACUCAGGUCUCCCUUUCCCACUAGAUCUAAAGAUCCAAAGGCUAAUACAACUCAUGACUUGCCAGGGAAAAAUGAGAAAAUUAACUCUGUGACUUCAGGAAGGACUUCCAAUGGAAAAGUCCAAAGCUCAGGCACAAAUCACUGCAAAGGAGCUGCAGUACCGCACAGCCCAUCCUCACAGAAAAAAUCCUGUCAGGAGUCUAAGGGAAUGGCACAAAAAAGUAUAAUGGACACCCUUUUAAAUAACCAGAAGGCCAAAGCAGGACCAAAGCUAAAAGGGUUCACCAUCAAAAGCAAAGCAAAGGCAAAUUCGGAUUCUUCUGGCAUUAAUCCUACCAAAGUCAGUGGGGCUGAUCAGAAAAGGUUUUCUGUUUCUCCACAGCUGUCCCCUAAACUCCUGGGGAAGAAAACACCAUUGUCCCGUAAUACACCUACAAACCCAGAUCCUGGCAAGAGCAUUUCAGCAGCCUCAAGGACUCUGAAGUCAGAGCUAGAAAAUAAACCAUCGCUGGUCAUUUCUGAAGAUUCACUUCUGCCUCUCCUGAAUGGCACCGGCAGCCCAACAGCGAGCAGUGAAAUGAAGUGUGGCUGUGGGGAGCUAACAGACCUGCAGCAGGCAUGGGGAAAGCCAAAAGAAAAGCAAGUUUCCAUGCAGCCUGCAGUGUGUCAGGGUAAGGGUGUUAAGGUGGAUGAUUUCAGAGCCAGAGACGGUCAGUCCAAAGUCUCUUCAUCUCCUCAGGGGAUACCAAAAGUUGAAUAUGUGAAAGGGAGGACUGAGAACCCUGUAACAGGCCUGAACACGAUCAAGAGCGUCUGUAGUGCAGAUGACCUUGGGCAAUUAGAUCUGCAAAACAUAGUACCAUCUGCUGGAGGCUCUUCUUCAUUGAGGUCCCCCUCAGUUCAGCAGGAGCAGCUGGAAGGGCAGGAGAUCCAGCGCACUUUCAUUGAGGUGAAGCUUUCCUCCUCAUCAUCCUCUUCCUCCUCUUCCUCCGCCUCUUCCUCACCAGCAUCGUUUUUGCAGCUGCCAUUGCUGGAGAAAACAGAAGAGGCAAAUGCAGAAGUGCCUCGGCUGACUGAGGAGAUGGGUACCAUCCAGUAUUUCUCAAAAGCAGAUACUGCCGCAGACAGAAAUCUCUAUGGCUUGUCAAAACCUGUCACGAGGACUUACUCGAUGCCAGCCCAGUUAUCAGGUCACUUGAGGGAGGACUGCCAUGUUGCAGAGGUUCAUCCCAUGCAAGAACCCCAGGGCCACGCUGCAGAGGAGAAAUACCCCCAGACGGUGACAGGAAUGUUAAAGAUGGUCCAUCUCAACCCGCCGAAUGUCCAGAGUGGGAAGGAGCAGGCAUACGCCUCCAAAAGCACCCAGAAAGUCCAUGACACCUCCCCCUCAGCCAGCGACAUUAGCUGCCCUGCCACCGAUAAGCUGAGGAACUUCAGGAGGAAUUACUACUACUAUGAGCUGAACUGGCCACAUGAACCUACCUCAUCCUUCUCUGUCAAACAGAGGAUCAAAUCCUUUGAAAACCUGGCAAAUUUCGACCGGCCCAUCGUGAAGGCUAUCGAUAUACACUCGGCUGCGAGGUCCCCCCUCACCAGGAGGUCGUGUGGUGGGAUGGCCACCACAGCCAGCCCUGCCGAGACACCACGGGCCUUGCGGCGCAGCUUGAGCUCCUACGGCGGCAGCCCGAGCCCAUCCAACGCCAUGGCCAAGUCUCCCACCAGUGCAGAGCCCACGCGUGUGGCGGAGGGCAGCAAGGGGGAAGGAAAGCCCCAGAGGAGCGAGGAGGGUGGCGCUGGGGCAGAUGUGGCCGCCUUUCCCCCCUCGGCCUCACAGGCGCGCCGCAGCCGGGGCCUGGGGCGGCCACCGCUGUCCCGCUCCAGGCUGCGGGAGCUGAGGGCCCUCAGCAUGCCCGACCUGGACAAGUUGUGCGGAGAGGGCUUCUCAGGGCCGCCGCAGCCCGCCUGCUUCAAGACGGAGCUGGAAAUCACACCCCGCAGAGCCGUCGGCACACCUGCCGGGAGUGACGCAGCCCCGCCAGCCCGCUGCAGCCCCACUGAAGCGGGUGCGAUGGGGAUGGGUGCCAGCAGCCCUCGGGACAGCGGCUCGGGGACACCAGGGUCUGCCUCGGGGCUGGCGGAUGAUGACGUGCCCCACAGCAGCUCUCUGGAUGGGGAGCGCUCAGAAAACAGCUGGUCCAUAAGCUUGGAUCAGCUGCUCGUCUCAAGCCUGGACCAGCAAAAACUGCAAUCUGUUUUGUCAGCAGUAGUACCAAAAUGUGACAUUGCUGCUAUGCUCCAAGAAGUCAAAGCACAAGUAAAGAGCAAAGAAGACACAUACUUCGUAGUCUUGCACAAAGAAGAAGGAGCUGGCCUGGGAUUUAGUGUUGCUGGAGGAAUAGAUCUGGAACAGAAAUCAGUCACAGUCCACAGAGUGUUUUCAAAGGGAGUGGCAUCUCAAGAAGGGACUAUUCAUCGAGGAGAUCUUGUUCUGUCAAUCAAUAGCAAGUCUCUUGUGAGCUCAGUCCAUGGGGAUGUCCUGAAUGCUCUUCAUCAGGCAAGACUAUACAAAUAUGCGGUCAUUGUCAUCCAGAAGGAAAAAGACAAAGCAACCAAUUCCUCCAGACUUGAGAUAUCCGCUACUGGCAGAAAAUGUGUGAGGUCUGGAAAGGAUGUUUCCAUGGAAAUAGGAACAGAUCCAAACCUGGAUAUGAAUGAUGUCAUCUGUGUUGAAUUAUUGAAAACCUCUGCUGGCUUGGGAUUCAGUCUUGAUGGUGGAAAAGCUUCCAUUGCUGGAGACAGGCCCUUGCUUGUAAAAAGAAUAUUUAAAGGUGGUGCUGCGGAGCAAUCUGGAAACGUAGAAACUGGAGAUGAAAUAAUUGCUGUUAGUGGAAAAUCAUUACUUGGCCUCAUGCAUUACGAUGCCUGGAACAUUAUUAAAUCUGUGCCAGAGGGCCCUGUUCAGUUACUAAUCAGAAAACACAGAACUUCAGUAUGAUGGAAGCACUACAUCUAAUCACACUUGCUAAGAUGAAACAUUUAAAACUGGCUAGAAGCUGUCUUUGUUUCUAA